AUGUCAUUCCGGCCAGUGUUGAAGCAGCGGGCUGUUGCUCCGAUCGCUGCCACCCUUCUGGCAGGUGGUAUCUCGCUCUAUCCCAGCCGGACGGCAUUCGCAGAGGCUCCGAGAAAAUCCAUCUACGAUGACUUUCCCGAGCCCUCAGACCCUGCUCCCGCCAAAUCCGCCCCCAUCGCAAUCCCAGACGCCCCCAAGUCCACCACUGAGACCCCCUCGUCCUCUGCCCCCUCGUCGUUGACCUCGUCGCCCACCCCGACAGACAUCCUGACGACCCAGGUCCGCCAAGCCCGUCUCUUCCUGUAUGAGAACUCGCUCGCCGCGGAAACCGGCUUCAACAACUUCCUCAGCCGGGCCCUGCACAUCGAGAACGCCUUCACCAACACCAUUGCGUCUCUGGCUCCUGCCCCCGAGUCCGGUGAGCGGUUGAUGCCCGGUGGUGUGUACGUGGUAGUCGCCGCCAUGGCUGGCUCCAUUGUCUCCCGCAACCGGGGCUUCAUCCUGCGCUCUGCGUCGCCUCUGGCUUUCGGUACCGUGGCCGCGUGGUCUCUGCUCCCCGUGACUAUGCGGAAUGUCUCCGAGUUGGUUUGGAAGUAUGAGAAGCGGGUUCCGGCGGUUGCGGAGAACCAUUUGCUGCUUAGGGAGAAGGCGGAGCAUAUCUGGCACACUGGCAUUGCGCACAGUGGUAUGGCGCGGAUGAUGAUGGAAGAGAAGAUUGGUGAGGGCCGGAAGAAACUUGAGGAGUUGGUCAGAAAGGGUCAUUAA